AUGAAAUAUAUUACAAUCUUAUUUAUUAUUUUUAUUUUACUCAUUUUUACUUUAAUUGUUCAAUCUGAACAAUGCCUAGAUACAUAUGACAAUAUUGUUUGUGUUGAAGUUGGUCAAUCAUGUGGUAUAAAUUCAACAACGGGAAUUGAAAGUACAUGCACAAGAGGUCAAUUUUGUAAUAGUGAUGGUAAAUGUCAAGUAUUGAUUGGAAAAGGUGGAGAUUGUCAAAAUAGUACUCAAUGUAAUGGUGGCUAUGUUUGCUCAAAUUCUGUUUGUGGACAAUUACAAUAUGCUCAACUUGGUCAGUCAUGUGAGACUAGUCAAGAUUGUUUGAGUCCACUUGCUUGUACAAAUAAGGUUUGCGUAUCAAAUAAUACUGGCACAACAGUCUGUUCUAGUGACAUUGAAUGUUCAUUCACACAAUAUUGUAAUGUAUCCAGUUGCACCGAUAGAACAUCGGUUGGUAGUGUCUGUACAACCGAUCAACAAUGUCCAAUGUAUCAUUAUUGUAUUUCGACCGACAUAAACAACAAUACUGCAAUUUGUCAAAAAGCAUAUACUGGCCAACUCAACACACCAUGCAAUAUCGAUAAUAACUGUGAUUAUUCCAAAGGUUUAAUUUGUCAACCUGGUUCUCAAAUUAAUACUUGUCAAUAUCAACCAGGUUAUAAACAAUCAACUAUCUAUGAUGGAAAUUGUAAUGGAACAAGUGAGACAGUUUGCAAUGCAGGAUGUUUUUGUUCAUCCGAGGGAAAUGGAGAAUGUAUUAUUAGUGAACCAACAACAGUUGAUCAAGUAGAGCAAUGUGGAGAUGCACAAAAAUCAUUGUACGAUUGUUAUAUCGAACAUCAGUGCUACCAAAACACCAAAAACUAUCAACCAUCCAGUUGCCAAGUUGAGAAAUGUUCAUCACAACUAUGCAAUAGUUUGACCAAAUGUACUCCAUAUCUCUCACAAAUCGAACAAGUCAAAUCAGCUUGGUUGGUUGGACUCAACAAUCAAUACAACAACAGUAGUACUUACUACUAUAAACAACGUGUUGAUUUACUCUAUUUUAGUCAAAGAGACAUUGGUAUUAAUGAUAAUAGUAAUAAUAGUAUAGUAGACCAAUGA